CUCCAGGGACACUCGGACGCUCACGUAGCGGGGUGGCAGCGGUCGCCCCUGCCGCCUCCCUCUGUCGGAGCUUGCCCAUGCGGCCAGCGAGCUGGGCCGGGGGCUUCCGCGCCGCCCGAGAGAGUUCUAGCCUAUGCGUCUAGCCCCGUGAUGGCUGUGGACAUCGAGUACAGAUACAGUAGCAUGGCUCCUUCCUUGCGCCGAGAGCGCUUCUCCUUCAAGAUCUCCCCCAAGCUGAGCAAGCCACUGAGGCCUUGUAUUCAGCUGGGCAACAAAGAUGAAGCCAGCGGCCUGGUGGCCCCGACUGUGCAGGAGAAGAAGGUGAAAAAGCGGGUGUCCUUCGCAGACAAUCAGGGGCUGGCCCUGACAAUGGUCAAAGUGUUCUCCGAGUUUGAUGACCCGUUAGAUAUUCCAUUUAACAUCACCGAGCUCCUGGACAACAUCGUGAGUCUGACGACAGCAGAGAGUGAGAGCUUUGUUUUGGAUUUUUCACAGCCUUCUGCGGAUUACCUAGACUUUAGAAACCGACUACAGGCCAACCACGUCUGCCUGGAAAACUGUGUUCUAAAGGACAAAGCCAUCGCAGGCACCGUGAAGGUUCAGAACCUCGCAUUUGAGAAGAUCGUGAAGGUCAGAAUGACAUUUGACACCUGGAAAAGCUUCACAGACUUCCCUUGCCGGUAUGUGAAGGACACUUACGCCGGUUCAGACAGGGACACAUUCUCCUUUGACAUCAGAUUGCCUGAGAAGAUUCAGUCUUAUGAGAGAAUGGAGUUUGCUGUGUGUUUCAAGUGUAAUGGCCAGGAAUACUGGGACAGCAACAAAGGCAGAAACUAUAGGAUCAUCCGGGCUGAACUCCAGGCCACUCAGGGAAUAACAGAGCCACAGAAUGGGCCGGAUUUCGGGAUAGCAUUUGACCAGUUUGGAAGCCCUCGGUGUUCCUAUGGGCUGUUUCCAGAGUGGCCUAGUUACUUGGGAUAUGAAAAGCUAGGGCCCUACUACUAGUGACUGCAGCUGAAAGAUUGUGGCUCUGGUCACAAUGGAGCAGAGAAGCCAAGGGAAGAGCAAAGAUUUGAAAAGAAGGCUCCUGGUUGGUUGUUUCUUAAACCAGCUAGCCCAGCCAGGUUUCCAUCCUAACUGGUUUCUUGGUGAGAGGAGAGGAGGUGUCAUGAAGUGCCGAGGCACCUGGGGUGACCAAGAGAGAUGCACAGGAUGGUGCCCAAAGGCUCUGGAGAGGAACAAGCCUGCCGUGCUGGUGAGGAUGGAGGAGUCAGCCUCUCCUCAGCACUUGGACGUGGAAAGUCAGUCACACAAAAGUCACCUGGUCCCCAGCCACCUCCGCCAGACACUCACCUGUCCUGCACCUGCCUCGCAUUCCUGUGCAUUGCUGCUUUUCUGCAUCUGCCCAGAACCACCCUCUUCCUCAGUGCAGUGACACUGUGGCCUGAUGGCCCACGUGUCUAAUAUAGCUUUGGAAGGGAGAUGGGAGCCACCCCCUCCUUUGCAAUCUCAUUCUCUGCACUGCCUUCUCUCUCAUUGUCCCUCCAGUGUUCUGGGAAAGAUACUAAAUAGCUUGUGACCGAGAUGGGCAUUUCUUCCCCCGUCUUCCUGACAACAUAUAUCUUCCAGCAGAGCUACACAUGCCAAUUAUUGGAAAGUUACUGGUUUCUGCAUGGAGGUCACACAUUGCUACAUUGUAACAAGCUGGGAGCCAGGAAAGUCCUGAGGUUUAGCUUUUCCUCUUGGCUUUUGGGGGAGCUUUCUAAGUACUCACAUUCACCCUGAGUUACAGCAGGCUCAAUGACAAGAUCUGUUUUCACUUCUUGGCUGGUUUGCCAGCCUCAUUCUUUGAGAGAACCGCAGCUCUCCUUUCCUAGAGAGUCCCAUGGCUGAUGAAUGCUCACGACAUGUGAGUGGCACACCCAGCUUACCCAAUCAUGGAGCCAUCAGAAAUGCCUAGAUUUAUUUUGUCCACAAUAUACAGUAAUACAAUGGAAACCUGAUGAACACUCAAGGACAUUUAUUGAGGUGUUCUUAUUUAUAGUAUGUAUGUAAAGGGCUAGGGGACAAAGUCUCACCAAGUUGUCAUAUUUUAAACAUUUACCAACUCUGAACUAUCAGAGAUUAAUUGCUUUUGACAAUAUUGGACUAAAAUGCAUUGGUAAAUGCUCUUUUGGAACUCCUGGGACAUUCAUUGUUGGAUGGAUGCCUAAAACCUGUGAUUUUUCUUAGGCAGCAUUGGUUUUUAUUUAGCAGUGUAUGAAAAAUGUUUUACAUGCAUAUUUGUAGAAAUCUGGGGGGUUGUUUGUUGCUGGAGUUUGAUAAAUGACUGCUUCUUUUCUGCUUAAUCUUAACUAAAGCGAGGUUUCCCUAAUGCAUGGAGGAUAGGUGGUACAGCUGCUGGACCUGCCAGGCAGAGAAUUCUGUGCUUGAAUGUUCCACUUGUUAAGAAAGGUGUCCUGUUCCCCAGGACAUUUAUGUCUGCAUCAGGCUGAUGUCAAGAGCCUUGACACCUAGCAUUGUGUGGUUGGGGGUUAUUUUUAUUUCAUGAUAUUUUACUUUAAAAUGUUUUGACUUGUUAAAUACUAAAUAGUAUUCAGUAUAUAAUUCUUAUGCCUAAGCCUGGCUGUUAUUAGUCUGUGCUUUGUGUUUGGCUCCUCGUGCGAGUGGAUAGCACUCUGGGUUACAUGCUGAUACCUCUUAUGGGGAAUCACCUGCAGUGGGUCAGGGCUGUGUUUCAUCUAAGCAUACCAUAUACCAGAUACACAGACAGAACUGCAAAUAUUCUAGAUUUAAUGGUCAGCACCAUUAAUAGCAGAAAUCUAAAUUGAAUGGAAGACAACUGAUCUCAUGUGAGUCAUGGAUUUUAUUUUGUGUUAAGGAGUUGCCCUCCCCAUGCAGGGAAUAGCUGAGUGCACUGUCACUUGCAAGUCACCAAACGAAGCAGAAUGAAGUCUAGAGUUGUCUUUCAUGAUGAUCUUCAGACAUUCCCAUGUCAAAAUUUGAAAUAUGGUAAUUCAAUGAUAAUUAUCUCUCCUGAAGGAACUAGAAGGCCUCUGCCCUCCCCUUCUUCCUCCCAACUCACCCCAGCUUUCUUGCCGGGGGCAGGGGUAGCAGGCCCCUCACCAGCACACCUGGGGUGUACACCCCACCACUCAGCUCAGAAGACAAGUCCUUGCCUGCCUGCAAAGACCCUUCUCCCAGUAAAGGAGCCCACUUGCUGCUAUCAGCCAUCAGGCCAUCUCUCUCGCAGGUACUGAGGAUUUCUGUUCCUUAGUCCCAACACAGUCUUGUUCUGUUGGGCCCAAUCUGUCUCAUGACUUUCAGAUGGCCUUGGGAGCCUCAUUGGAGGACUGUCCCCUAUGUCAUAGCUCACUAUAAUGGACAGACCUACAUGUUUCAGAGGGUGAUAAUAGGUUCCUUAGUUGGAGACUUCACUACAGCCUAAGGUAGUCAUUUGCUUCACACAGCUCGUGGUUAUGGUGACAGAUUGCCCUCAGGCCCCAUAUUCUUCCCACAUCAUCUCCCAAAGGACCAGUCACUGGUCACUGUGCUGCCAGACACCAUAACACAAGCAUGGGAGGCAACUCUCUUUUUAUUUCAUAUUUAUUUCCCCAAGUACCCUGGGGUGCUUUUGCAAAAUGGGUGCAAUAAAUACGUUUGACUAUAUAAAGAUAUUAACUAGUUGUUUUGUGUUUUGGGAAGUUAAGCAUGUGAGUGGGUUUGUAUGUAAAGUAUUUAUAGGAAAGUUGCAGAGAAAACUAGUUUUUUAGAAAUUAAAUCAAGAUGAGUCAAUGGUGGGAGUUAUUUUAUCCUUAAGAUUUCAUUUUAAUGAUAAAACAUGGUACUUUUUAAAAGACUGUAAAUUUUGAACUGCUUUGUGUUUUUUUUUUCUUGUAUCUUACUUGCUUUUGAAGAACAAGCAUAAAUUGUGAUUAUUUUAAUGUCAAAUGGGCUAUAUAUGUUUAUUUUUUUUAGAAGUGCUCAUUAUAGAAGAUUCCUUCUCAAUGUGUAGUGAAUGAAUACCUGGUAGUCUUUCCUUUGUUUCUGUUUUUACCAUUUCUCCACAGGAUGUAGGCCUGGAGGCUCUUGGGACUAACUGUGUCUCUGAAUGGAAUCACUGAAAUUGGAGAGAAGAUGAUACACAAAUAAUGGGGUCUUACCGGAAAUGGGAUCUUACAGAGGCACCCAAAGACAGUCUGGUAGCUAAUGGUAAUGUCCUGAAGCCGGGGGGCAGAACACACGAGGGAUGGGCCGUUUCUCCCGGUGGCCGAUGGGAAGCCUCACAGCUCAGCCUGCGAAGCUCUGAGUGUUUUUACAAUUCAUGCUUCCUAGAGACUCCUGGGGCCCAGGGAGGACUUCUGGAAGCAGAGAUGAUGGUACAUUUUGCCUUUAAUGUGAAUGUACAACUGAGGGUGUGUCUUCAUUUUAUGCCUAAAAGUGCCUUAUCAAGAAAAUUUUGCAUGUUUUUAAGAAAUAUUUUUGUACACAAACAUAAAGGGGACUUGCACUUUACAAUCACAAGAACGGAUGUUUGUGCUGUGUGUGUGUGGUGUAAGAAAAUGGUUUGUAUCUAUUUCAAAACAAAAAUGUAAUAAAGAUGGAAAAAAACCACCCUGAAA